AUGGCCCUAUCACUCCAUAUCCACAUCCACAAAAAUCUAACCCACCCCAACCCCAUUUGUAACCUCCACCGAAAACACAUAUCUCUAUCUAAACCCUUUUUUCUACCUCCGACCUUCAUCUUGGUUUCCCUACCCUCUGACAACAGCCACCAAGUGCUCGCAACUCCAACACCAUCAUCACCAACCAAUGUCCCAAAGUGGGUCGGACAUGGAAAACUUCCUCCAUUGGAGCCUCCACCACUAGAAGAUACAGGUUAUUUUAAGGUUGCAUUCAUGGUGUUUGUUGAUAUGCCACAAAGAUGCUUGGAUGUAGUGUAUGUGUUUUUGAGUGAAAACCUAUUAAUGGUUGUUGCAGAGAAGAAUCUCUUAUCCUCUCAACAAAUGACUCCUUCAUAG